AUGGCCAAGCAGCGCAAGAACUUUGACUCAAUGCAGGUAUUCAAGGAGCUUGAGCGUCAGUGGAAUGGUGUCGUGAUGUCGCAGACGCCAGAGAUCUACGAGGAGCGACUAGCACUGCUGUAA